GGGCCCGGGGGGGGUUGUCGGCUGUUUGCGGGGUGUUGUGUUUUGUGUCGUGCCCGGUGGUCUUGGUCCGGCCUGGCGAUGUCUGACCCAGCUCAGCAACCUGCUCCCGGGGCUCCCGAAGGGGCAGCCCCCGGCGGGGGUCCCCCCGAGCCCCCUCCCAAUCUGACCAGUAACCGCCGGCUGGAGCAGACCCAGGCCCAAGUGCAGGAGGUGGUUGAUAUAAUGUGUGUAAAUGUAGACAAGGUGCUGGAACGAGACCAGAAGCUGUCAGAGCUAGAUGAUCGGGCAGAUGCUCUUCAGGCUGGUGCCUCGCAAUUUGAAAGCAGCGCAGCAAAACUCAAAAGGAAGUACUGGUGGAAGAACUGCAAGAUGAUGAUCAUGAUGGGAGUGAUUGGUGCCAUUGUGGUGGCAGUGAUUGCAAUUUGUCUCCUGCACAGGACUCUUAAGCACUCUACUGAACAUGGUUACACUCUUCAACAGCUGCUGCAGCUUUAGCAAGGGUCAUCUGAGCUGAGGAAAGGGAAGCAGAGGAAGAAUGGGUAGCUAUUGCUCCCGUUCUUCUGCAAUAAAAUUUUGUGGUUUAUUUUUGGGUGUGAUCUUGUCAAACAGUGCCUGUGUGGACUCUAGCUAAAUAAGAAUGCCUUAAUGCAGUGCCUUUAGCGAUGAAGGACUUCAGCAUGUGAGGUUCUUUAGUGCUCUGCCUAAAGAGUGGCAACGUGACUUAAGCUUUUCAGUGAGCUUCUGAAAUAAAGGCUAAAGUUUGUUGUUCAGUGACUGUGUGAGCCAUCUGAGCUAGGCGUAGCAAUCUAGAUUUCUCUAGUAUGGAGAGAAGAACAGUUAAGGAAAUGAUUUAUUCUGUCUGUCCUUACUUUCAGAUGGCUUGCUAUCUGAACACAGACAUUUCAGUUAUUAUAAAGGAGAGUCUACAUGAUUACCUCAAUCAAGUGCAACAGACUAAACCCAGUUAAGUGGAAGGAGUUUUGUUGCUACCUAAAAGGCAUGUGUGGGAGUAAAAUCUCUUGCAAGAAAGAACAAAAGAACAACAGUAAGGAGUCUGUUGGAAUGUCCAUUGGUCCUUUCAUCUAUGCAGACACAAGCCAGGACUCUUUGGCUUGCUGUUACCUUGUAGCUUUCUGGAAGACUUUGGGGUAGUGGUAGAAUGGUAAGUGGUGUAUUUUGUGUUAAUGAGUUGAAUGUCAAUGGAAGUCCACUAUGUAGCAGAUGGAGGUGAGGAGACUGGAGGUAUUUCAGAUGAGACUGAGCCACAUAGCUUCCCAAUCAACAAUACCUGUUCUGUUUCUGCUACCACAAAGCCCUAACUUUCAUCAGGAGUUAGGAAAUACUUGGAAUGGUUAGCUAGGGAAGCAAAUGAAAAUACUACUUUGAACGUAAGUAUUGCAAAGUGAUGUCAGAUGUCCCAGUUUAGCCACGUAGAUCUCUGGAGAUCUUGCCUAUCAAAGUCCUCCUAGUUGCUAUGGGCUGUCUUGACUUUAGAUCAAGGUGGUCUCUGCUGGAAGUAAACUUGCAGUGUGGAAUUCUGCAGUUUACUGUAAGUAAUCUGUUUGUUCUCCUCCAAAAAUUAUGAGCUGUGAAUUGUGUGAAUGUGUUGUCAAACCUGGAGUUAAAUGAGCUGCCCUAUUCCUCAGUUUCUGCAAGGUCUUCUAAGGGCUGCUCAUCUUGUAUUUUUUUACAGGCUGAGCUGUAGCCUGUAUUCUAAACUGGAAAGAGGACACUGCUUCAAUUUAGGAAGCUCUGCCUUGGUUCUAAAAUACACUGGAAUUUGUCUAGACUUAAUGAUGUGAAGAGGCAGGGGAGAGCAUCAUUGGAAUUCCCAGGUGGGAACUAAGUAUGAAAGAUGCAAGGAGCAGAUGCUUUUUGUUUCAUUGGGUGUGCUGGGAAAGUCCCUUUUCCCCCACAGAGCCUCUGGCGAGGGGCUAAGUUUUGCAUGCUCACUUUCAUGCCCCAGCAUUUCAUCUCCCCGCAAUUCCAUUCCCCUCCACUUUGGGUGAGGGCAGAGAUGAAGAUCUGGAGUGAAGCAGCCCUCAUCCCCUGAACGCUUCCCUAACUCCCUGUGGAACUGAGAUGUGUUGGAUGGUCAGAAGUGCAUCUACUGAAGAGGAGCCAGGGCCUGCUUGUACUACUUACUGCUAUCAUUUUAGGGGGCUGGGCAUACAAGCUUAAGGCCUCUAGACCAGCAAUUUUCUUGCAGUCUUCUAAACAAACCUUUGGUGCCCCAUUCUUCCUGCUCCUCUGGGAGCUAAGGUCCCCCUAGGCUGUCUUUUCUGUUUCUUUCUCUUAAAUGUUGUAUGUUGCCUCUCCUGCUCCCUUUUGUGUCUCUGCAUGGGCAAAAGAAGUCACCAGGGGACUCUGCUGUCCACAGCAUUACAACCACUUGUGCAUGUACAGUUUAUUUCCUUCUAUAAACAUAAGUGUAAUCUCCUCUGGCAUGUUAUGGUAAUCAGCUCGUGUACUUUAAAUGGUCUAAGAAACACAAUUCACCACCUUACUGAGUCUGUCUUGUCUGUCAGUGGGUGGGGAGGGAUUGGGACACCAGAUUGGUUUUGGAACAUCUCUCUCUCUUUGUCACUUCCAUACUAUACACACACCUGAAGUUCCGGCCCACGAAGGAGUGACUGUUUUUUCAUUGCAAUGAUAGUUGUUCCACUUGUACUGGACAGACUCCAUGGUAAGUCUGUAAUAAGAUGUAUGAACCAGCAGCUCUGGGGAGGGAAGAGACUGCUGAAGCCAGCUCUUCCACUGCUGCGUAAUAUGUGGUAAGGUGGUUGCCUGAACGGGAGAGUGUGCUGUUGGUAGCUGUAGUUCCUUAGGCUGUUACCUUUUGGGUUUCAAUAACCUAUAUUCAGAUCCUUAAACCCAGAAAACAAUUCUCCAUUUGUGUUGAGACAUAUGUUCAAGAUCCAAAUAAAGGCUUCCAAGAGUAGGAUGCUGCACACAGCAUGUCUUGGAGCGUGGCUGGAAUAAUGGUAAGUAUCUCCUUGUUUUGU